AUGACGAUGAUUUUCUCAAAAAUGUCUGGCAACAGCCCACAAUCAAAUGGAACCGCUCUCGGUGUCCGAAUCAUCGGAGGAUCAUUCCUAUGCUUGUCGAUCGUGUCAAGCGUGAUUGCUUGCGCAUUAUGGGAUCCUGAUCAAAGAACUCCUGCGCAAAACUACUCUUAUUAUUGUGGGCUUGUAGCCACCGUCCUUCUUAACAUCUCGAUCGUCUAUUUGAUGAAUCGCGGAAUUACACUACAGAAGGCGCACUACCUUCAACCAUUCAUUGUAUGCGCAUUGCUUCAUCUCAUUGUCUGCAUUCUUCUGUCAGCCAUAUUCUUUUUGUACGUCGUUACGCGAGCCACCUUCUACUCGCCGUGGUCGGAUCUUGGGUUUUUUGCAAUCUUCGUAAUUCUCACAGGCUUUUGGAUUAUUGCUAUUUCACUGGCGCGUGAAUAUCGCGACUAUAUCAUCUAUGACGACUUCCUUCAUGAAAAUCUGCCAAGCUACGUCUAA